UCAAUCAUUUAUUCAACCUCAACCAAUUUGCGGAUAUGAUGUUGACCACGUGAUUAACCCGUCACUUUUUCCCGGGAAAGUUACAAGACUUGCAGAUGUCCCCUGCUAGCGAAACAUUUUACUGAGAAAUACGGUACCAUGGAGAAGAUAACGGAGAAACUUCUAUUGGAGAGAUGCACGCCAAAAACCUCGAAACUGGAUCAAAUAAAGACACUCAACCUCUCAAAGUUGGGCCUUAAGAGUGAGGACUUGUCUGUUCCAUUGCUCUCUCGCCUCAAAUGUUUGGAACAGUUGGACUUAUCUGGGAACUCUCUGGAAGAGAUGCCCCAGGGUAUGUGUCUGCCCUCCUUGCUCAAACUGGACCUAAGCAACAAUGACCUGGAGGAUGUCACCACACUUGAAUCGCUGACCUCAUUGGAGGAGCUGAAAGUUGAGGACAACCUAUACCUUACAGUCAAUGACAACUACAAGCUGAUGGUGCUCCUUCCUAAAAUGAGGGUUUAUAAUGGGAAGGACAUUAGCACCACAGCCAACCAUGUACGCUUCAUCGCCGGGGAGAACCUUAGGACCAGGGUGGUGGCCGUGUGGGAGAGUGAUGUCAUCCCUCUCCCUAACCCCGCCAUGGGUGAGGAAAUUGCCAAAGUGAAGAGAGAUUUUGUCAAAAAGGCUGUCCAUCAGGUCCAAUACGGUCCAAAGUCCAUUAAUGGCUACACUAAAUGGAGGGUGGAAAGGAUAGCUACAGAGUUCUUUGACUCUCUGAUUCAGCCUAAAGACAAGACUCCCAAAAGAAAACACUCCACAUCUGCAGCUGACUCUGACUUUGGCACCCCUCAGAGAAAAAUAAAAGUGAUUUCCCAAGCUACGGUGGAGGCUAGCCCACGCAAGUCUAUCCGCGUACAGAACACCCCUCAGAAAGUGGACCGGUCCACAACCACAAGCCCACGUAAAGCAGUGCCCGCUCCAGCCACUCCCUCCAGGGUGCUGUCAGAGGAUAGCCCGCGGAAAUCCAACCGUAGACUCGACACCCCUCAGAAAGUGGACCAGACCAGUGCAGCUGGCUCACGUCAAGCAGUGCAGUCCUCCUCCACCCCCACUAGGUUGCAGCCUAGACGAUCGGAGACCCCAAGGAAAGCAUUGAAAGAGCAGCAGCUCAAAGCGGACACACCACCUGCCAAACAGAGCAAGACGCCUUCCAAGACCGUACAUCAACACAGAGAGGUCAAUGGGGGCAAUAGAACGACAAUUAAAAAUGUCUACUCCGUGCCUAAGGAGCCGGUGAGUCUGAAGCCCCACUGUGCUCUGCAGUGUCACAGUAGAAACGACAGCCCCGACGACCUCAGCACCCAGCUGUGGGCUUGUGCCUUCCAGCCCCCUCCUGGUUUCUCUGCUAGCGAUGCGAGUGGAGAGAGUCGUAUAGUGGCCACCUGUGGAGGAGAUUCUGUGUGUUUAAUCGACUGCGAUACGGGAAAGGUGUUGAAGAAACACAAGGUUCCUGGAGAGGAGUUCUUCUCCCUCGCGUGGUCGUUGGUGCUGAUGUCACGGGAGGGAGGCGGCAGCGUGCGGCCUUGCCGUAUCUUGGCGGCGGGGGGCAAGAGGGGCAUGGUGAAACUGAUCCACCCCAGAGCCAACCUGGCGUACGGAGAGUUCCGUGCCAGCCGCAAAGCCAUCUCAAUCCUGCGCUUCAGCCCACAUCAGGGCAACUUCUUGUUUACUGGAACUUAUGAUAAAAGAAUAGUGAUGUGGGACAUCGGUGGAGUGGACUGCGAGUACAAUUUCAAAGUCAUUCAGCUGCUGAUGUUGGAGGCCACCUCCACACCCCUACACCUCUGUCCAGCCCCAUCAAGCCCAGACACGCACCUCCUAGCUGCCUGUGAGGACGGCCUGCACUGCUACAACAUCCAGCUCAGCAAGAACACCAUGAACAGGUCUGCUGAAUAUGAGGUCACCUUCCCUGUGUAUGACAAGGAGGACAAGGACACUGACUACCACACUAUUGAUGGACUGGCCUUUCUCAGUGAUGAUAUAGUUGCCUCUAAAAGCCACAUGCAGGGCUCCAUCUACCUGUGGAGCUGGAGGGACACAUGCACCCAGCGGCCCAGUAAGAAGAAGCAGGUGUGCGCUGUGAUCCUGGCGGAGCUGCAGUGGGCCAACACUGACAUCCCCUACCUGUCUCUCAACACCUGCCCCAGCAAGGGCUACGUGGUGUGUGGGGACGACAAGGGGAGACUGUGGAGGUACCACGUCACAGACCUCCCCAAGCCCAGCUCACAGAGCAGGAAGACGGUCCCGGCUACAGAGAUUUUGGAGUUGCCGGUAGAGGACAAAUUUGUGGGUGCUUCGAUCAACAGUGUAGCCAUGGACCCUGACCUUCAGUACACGGUGGCCCUCACAGAUAAGAACAUUGUGGUCAUUUUGAAGAGAGAUGAGUGCUGAGGAAACAGGAAGACAUCAGCGGCUGGGUCUCAGAAGUCAUGAGACUGGCUGCAUCCCAAUACUUCUGCAGGGCACCUCUGCAGUCUCCUUUUCCUUCACAUCUGAGCAUGUGUAGUUGGACCUCGUUGCCUGUUUUAUAAAAAAAAAAAAACGUUUCAGUUGGUGUUAUAGUGUUGAUCAGUGAUGUGGGUAUGCAAA